AUGGCAACACUUUUCGCCCCCUCCACGCCCCGUCUGCUCAGACACGCCCGCCGGGGUGGCGGCGGCGGCGGCAGCAGGAGGACGCUGAUGACAGCCGCAGAGGCAGCCCAGCAGAUGCUGCACGCCUUCGAGGGCCAGACCAGGGUCCAGCGGCAGGUCCUGGACGGGCACCAGCUGCAGAAGCUCAGCCUGACCCUCAACCGGCCGCAUCUGCACCCCGGGGCUGGACGGUACCACCUCGUGUACUUCUCGCCGGCGAGCGUGGAGUCGGAGCUCGGGGCCGACGGCACGGACAGGACGUUCAACGCGCCGGGCCCGUUCUCGCGCCGCAUGUGGGCAGGCGGGCGGAUGACCUGGACCCCCGGGGCGGCGCCGCUGCGGGUGGGAGACGAGGCCGAGGAGCGGACGAGGUUCGUGGGCGCGGCGGCCAAGAAGAGCCGCGGCGGGUCCGAGAUGGUCCUCGUCGACGUCGAGAAGGAGUUCUGGGGCCCGGAGGGGCUGGCGCUCGUGGACCGCAGGGCGUGGGUGUUCAGGCCGCCGCCCAGGGAGGCCCUGGCCCGGUCGGACGCGCAGGUGGCGGGUGUUGUGCCCGGUGCUGUUGGGCGGCACUCGACGGUGGAGGAUGUGCUCGUAGAGGGUUCUGACAUACCGCAGCGCAAGUUCCAGUGGUCGCCGGUGGCUUUGUUCCGGUUCUCAGCGCUGACGUUCAACGGACACAUGAUCCACUACAACGAGAGCUGGACGAGGAACGUUGAAGGGCACCCAGCCACUGUUGUGCACGGGCCGCUGAAUCUCAUCGGGAUGAUGGAUUACUGGCGAGAUGUCCAUGGCCCGGGGAAGGAGGCGGGUGACAUUAGUUACCGCGCACUCUCACCCCUCUACUCGGGAGAUGAGUACGCGGUUCGUACAGAGUCGAUCAAGGAUGUUGAAGGCGGGAAGAGCUGGGACAUUGUCGUUGCGAAAAAUGGUACAGUCAACAUGAAGGGCACGAUAUCGGCAGCCUCAUGA